GGAAUGUUUUGUCUGUGUCACCCGCAGCCGAGCUGUGCUUCGCAGUCCAGAUUGUGAUGGAUUUACACUGUAUACUAGGCAAUAAGAGAGCGUAGAACAUUCAUCUCGUCCAUGGCAUCUUUGUGGACAAAAAUCUCAGCCACCCUGCCUCCUAAUGAAGAACAGUUUCCGCUGCAGUUUAGUGAUAAAGUGGUGUUAAGCGUGGUGGAGAUGCUGGAACGGGCCCGGCAGCAGCUGUACGUUGAGACGUCGAGCGCCAGCCAAAUUCUCACUGCUCAGAUCAUUUUGGACUAUUCAUGGGAGAGACUUAACAUGGGAACAUGGCGCCAUGUGGACAAAGAGUGGAGGCGGGUUUACUCGUAUGGCUGCCUGUUCAAAGCAGCCGCGAUCUGUCGAGGAAGUCCAUCAGAGGAGGAGAUCUUGCAGGCCAUCAGGACAUGUGACAUGGGUUUGCUGAUGGGUGCGGCCAUCAUGGAAAAUAUACUUCAGGUCAUCGUUCGAAUUCUGCAAAGGGAAAUAAGGACAUUGGCUAAAGAAGAAGAUAAUCAUGAAAACAUCGAGGCAAAGAAAAGGAAGAUUGCAAGCCCACAUGUUGGUCUAAUCAAAGACGAGUUGUCAGUUCCCAGAAUUAAGUGUCCUUCACUGGAAAGCUUCAAUGCAAACUACCUCCUUCCCCUCAAACCAGUGAUUUUAGAGGGGAUAAUUGACCACUGGCCUGCCCUCAACAACCAUCCCUGGAGCAUCGAGUACCUGAGGUCCGUGGCCGGCUGCCGGACAGUUCCCGUCGAGGUGGGCUCCCGUUAUACAGACGAGGACUGGUCACAAACACUGCUUACCGUCAAUGAGUUCAUCGACAAAUACAUUUUGAAUAAAGUUCAAGAGUCUGAGAGUGAUCACAAAGCUGUGGGUUAUCUCGCUCAACAUCAGCUUUUUGAUCAGAUCCCAGAAUUAAAGGAAGACAUUCGCAUCCCAGAUUAUUGCUGUCUUGGUGAAGGAGAUGAAGAUGACAUCACUGUAAAUGCGUGGUUUGGACCCAAGGGUACGGUAUCUCCUCUUCACCAAGAUCCCCAGCAGAACUUCCUGGCUCAGGUAGUGGGAAACAAAUACAUACGGCUGUAUUCCCCAGAGGACACAGAGAAGCUUUAUCCUCACGAAUCCCAGCUUCUUCACAACACCAGUCAGGUGGAGGUGGAGAGUCCAGAUGCUGAACGCUUCCCUGAGUUUGUGAAGGCACCGUACCUCGAAUGUGUCUUACAGCCUGGAGACAUGCUAUUCAUCCCUGUCAAAUACUGGCACUAUGUCCGAUCUUUAGAAAUCAGCUUCUCCGUCAGCUUCUGGUGGUCAUGACUUUAUUUCAUAAUAAAACACGUUUACUCUCAAUUUCACUAAGAGUUUUUACCCAAUGGGAGGCUAAUUUCCUAUAAUGCUACAUCAGACAAACCUUUGAACACUGAACACACACUGCUGAAUGACUAGAGUCAUUUUAGUUGCUGAUGACUGAGACAACAUUUACUGUGUGCAAAGCUAAAUGCUGCACAAACUAACCAAAAAUCCUACAGUUAUUAGUCAGCUGAAUUGAUAUUAUUCUCUUUGGAAAUUGGCUUAUUUAAUUGUCUACUCCACCUCAUUCAUCCAAAUAUCCUACAACGUGUGAUUUCCAUAAUUCUAGGAAAAUGAGACAAGUCCUCAAAUUUAAUAACCGAGCGAGCUACAGGCACAGAACAGUUGUAACUCUGAAUAAACCGACAGUCGGAGGCAAUCAAGCAGGUCACAGAAGGAAAUGAUUGAAAUAAAUGAACCAAUCUCUUGGGCAUACACAGACUCCGAAAUUAAAACAGCUUCACUGGAUAAAAGCCAUAAUAGUGAAAACUCAUUCUCUCGCAUCUAAAAACACAAUAACUGACAACACAGAGCGCAUGCUGCGCUUUUCAAGGCCCCAGUCGUGUAUGCUGCAAGUCCAUUUCAAUCAGAUCCACCUAUUAGGACUGUGAGGAAGUGGCAAAAUGAAGCAGAUAAGCCCCCGUGUGCACAUUUAUUCAAGUUAUCAACCAAAGGUGCGGCAGGCUAAAGUGGUGCUUCGGGAAAUCAAGCUGGUGUUCGUCGGGUGGAGCUGAAGGGCUGUGGGGACGCUCAAUUAAAACAAACGCUCAAUAAACACAAACAAGAAUCAUAUUUUAUUUGUCGAUAUUGUCUCUAACUCGACUGAACAUAUACUGAAUUCUGUGCUUGAGACUUUUAGAACUACUCAGGCAUUAAACAUACCAGUACUGAGGUAAUAGACUUAUCCAGACUGAGCUACACUCCUUACAAGGUUACUCCACUAAACUAAUAACACAGAUCAUGCUGGGAUGUAAUUUUGGGGCCAAAUGUUGUAAACUUUCAUUAACCCUUCCGUUCUUUGUUAUAUCAGUAAGUGACACAAUUGACUUAAGAUUCCACUAACCUGCUUUCUCUCAUUAUAAUUUAAUCAAUACUCAAUUACCUAUAAAGUAAUGUGAGACCUGUGGGCUUCUGACCUUUUCACUGAAACUGAGCUGUGCAUGCUCCUUUUUGAUUAAUAGCGUUAUUGAUUUUUAAACAAAUCUGACAAAUUGGGGUUAAAAUUAAGUGAUUCGGCUGGGGAGACUGGCUACAAGCUGGAGGUCCAUGUUGUGGUCAAUUAAAGAUUAAUUUAAAAGACCACAAUUCACAAAAAUCACCGGAGUUGUAGCAAAGCAAAUUGCAAGGUAUGUGUUUCUAGAGUGCUAAGAAGGUUAUGCAAGUUUGUCAAAGUCAACCUCGAUAAACAUCUCAGUUUUCAGUGUUGUUGAAUACUAAAAUCAUCUGAGUUUUAACGCACAAUAUUACAUAGUAGUAAGCAUGACAAAUGUACUAAUGGUCACUAUCAUCACAUUUAUUUUAUAAAAUCACAAUUUAAUGCAUUAAUUUCAAAUUAUGCACAAUAUAUAAAAUCAUUUAUUUAAUGUCUUUACAAAUGUUUACAUAGGUUAAAUAUGUGUUUUUAAUAAUACCAGUAAAUAUAGAUAUGGUCAAGGAUAAAUCAUAUUUAUUUAAUGUGUACAUUUAUAUACGUAUAUUUCCACAUGAAGAAGUUAACAAUGAAUAAAACAGAGAGCUAACAUCCUAAACACCUUGUGAAUGGAACCCCUAAACAUAAGAUCUCCUAUCUGGUGUUAAGAUUUUUUUUAUACUAAUAUAUUCACACAAAAAAAUUGCAUAACUCAUUUUAUAUAGGAAAUACUGUCUUGUUGCAAUGAUUGGACUAUUCAAACUUAAGCAUCCCACCAGAAUAUAUUGUGAUGGUCAAGUUUCUGUGUUUGAAUAACUCUGGAAUAUUGAUUAUGCAUUCAUUUUAUAUAUAAUUUAAAUAAAAGCGAUUUUUGGUUAAAAAAAAAUUACAUUAAGAUUAAUGAUUUUUGUGAUGUGGAACAAUACAUUCAGAUACUUCUAUGGUUUUCUGGUCUUAAGGUUCAUCAUUAUGAGUUACCCAUGCUCACUUCAAAUUAAACAUAUUUGCUAAAAACACACUGAGCACCAUAGCUACAGUUCUUACAUCAAUGUAAAGGACUUUUUUGUCAAGUUAAAGUUCAAGCAUAAAGGAGGAGAAACACAUUUUGUCAUCUUCUCAGAUCAACACAGACUGAUAUAACACACAGUCUGACUUUGGACAUCUGCUAAAUUUACCUGUUAGUAGGUAUAUUUAAUUUGUACCAACUAAAGGUAUACAUUUAAUAUUUAUAUUUGAAUUUCACUCUAUUUACAUAUAUUUAAAAAUAAAUACUCAACAUUUAAAAUGUAUAGAUAUUUUAAUAAAUGAUAUUGUUUUUGACAUUUAUAUUUGAUGCAUAUUAAAUAUUUAUUCUGAUAUUAUUAAUUCAAACCCUAUUUAUGACAGGUUUCAUGCUAAAAUGCAUAGAUAAGAAUUUGUGUGUGUAAUUUUCAGCAAUGGCAGCGCCUUGUGCAAGCAACAGUCACAGGAUUCCGACGACACAAAUGAUUCUGACCACAGAAUCCUGCUUUUCAAAAUUCCUGUGAAUCCAUGGAGUACUCCUGUAUCCUCUCAACUACGAAGAAGCAGAGAGUUCCAGUAAAGCCGAGGAUGACCAGAAGCAGGAGCUGCCACGUUAGCAGAAGGUAGCCGCUGUAGAAGAACGCCACUGCUGCACUCACAGACUAACAGGAAACAUACAUUUUAUUGUUGGUUAUGAGAAGAAAGAACUGCAAGCUUUGCAACAUCUCAUCUGUAGCCAUGUUUGUCCAACUGUGGAACAUGUUACACGGGUGGUAUUUGAGCUACCUCUAGUGGUACUCAGAAGAAAUCUUGGCAUUAAUUACAAAGUAAAUAUGUGCAAAUUAGCUGAGACAAAGUGAACUACAGUGCACUAGGAACAGUUUGCUAGGCAUGAUGUAUGUUUUUUUUUUGUUGUUUUUUUUCUACAUUGCUCUGAAGUUAGAACAUGGAUCUGACAAAGACAUCAAAUCCAACUUAACCAUGUUGGAGUUCCAUGUUCCAAAAUGGAUGUAUCGGUUGAUUGAUUUACUUUUUAUUUACAGUGGUUAAAACCAACUUUCAUGUGAAAGGCAGCCAUGUUGAAUUUUAGGGUCAGGGUUGGUGAGAGUCCAUCACUUUUCCUCGACGCCAUUUUGAAUUACAUGACAGUUGAGAAUUUCAACUUCUAUGGAUAUGUUAUUUUCAGAUUUACUACAGUUUUAAAAUGUCUUGACAAAAUGGUGGUAUAGUUUGGGAACCACUGGACUAGAAAGACAAGUCUGUUUGAAUGAAGUAGCAUCUUCUCAUUUGUCAGAUUAAAUGUAACUUUUGAAAAUAAUAUUUAAGAACGUAUUAAAUAUACUUUUAACUAA